AUGGCACAUUAUAUGUAUUUAUUUACGUUACCCGUGAAUAAACGCGGCCCCUGUAACAUAAAGGCAAUGAAUUCACAUCGAUACAACCGAAGAAACAACAACAGACACAUCAAAGUCAAGACCGCAGCAGACCCAAUUGCACCGGUACACAAAAGCAAACAACUGAAAAUGUCCUUUAGACUACCAUUCACCAAUGUAACAAGGAGGAUCGCCUCCUCCUCACCCUUGAGGUUUCAAGCGUUAAGGUACGCCUCAUCCAAGACAAUGACCGUGAGGGAAGCCUUGAAUACUGCCAUGGCAGAAGAAUUAGAUCGUGAUGACGACGUCUUCAUCAUUGGGGAAGAAGUUGCACAAUACAACGGUGCUUAUAAAGUGACCAAAGGUUUACUCGAUAGAUUUGGGGAGCGUCGUGUGGUGGAUACCCCCAUUACUGAAAUGGGUUUUACUGGGUUGGCAGUGGGUGCUGCCUUGAAGGGGUUGAAACCCAUUGUGGAGUUCAUGUCAUUCAAUUUCUCCAUGCAAGCUAUCGAUCAAGUGGUUAAUUCCGCUGCAAAGACGCAUUAUAUGUCAGGUGGUACUCAAAAAUGUCAAAUCGUAUUUAGAGGUCCUAAUGGGUCUGCAGUGGGUGUUGCUGCGCAACAUUCACAAGAUUACUCCGCUUGGUAUGGUUCCAUUCCUGGUUUGAAAGUCUUGGUUCCAUAUUCUGCAGAAGAUGCCAGAGGGUUAUUGAAAGCUGCCAUUAGAGAUCCAAAUCCAGUGGUUUUCUUAGAAAAUGAAUUAUUAUAUGGGGAAUCAUUUGAAAUUUCAGAUGAAGCCUUGUCUCCUGAUUUUACAUUACCUUAUAAGGCUAAAGUGGAAAGGGAAGGUACAGAUAUCUCCAUUAUUACUUAUACAAGAAACGUUCAAUUCUCCUUGGAGGCAGCAGCUAUCUUGGAAAAGCAAUACGGUGUUUCCGUAGAGGUUAUUAAUUUACGUUCCAUUAGACCAUUAGAUGUGGAUGCCAUUGUCAAGACUGUAAAGAAGACUAAUCAUUUAAUUACUGUAGAAUCUACAUUCCCCUCCUUUGGUGUCGGUGCGGAAAUUAUAGCAAGAGUCAUGGAAUCAGAAGCCUUCGAUUACUUGGAUGCUCCUAUUCAAAGAGUGACAGGUGCUGAUGUUCCAACGCCUUAUGCUAAGGAAUUAGAAGAUUUCGCCUUCCCAGACCCUGAUACUAUCGUUAGGGCAGUCAAAGAAGUGUUAUCCAUUGAAUGA